ACGCAUCGAAUUCCCCCGCGCACUACGUACUACCCCACCUGUCUAUGUUUCUGUCUAACCGCGCAUACAAAUGGUCGUCGUUCCCGGUUCCACACCUAGCGCGCCAAAUUCUCUUUGAUAAUUUUUGUUUUUUUUUACGUGUUCGCAGUCAUUUUAAUUUUAAUUAACCCGCUUACUAAACUAAAUCACUGUCCAUAUGAUUGAGCGUUAUUCCUAGAAUUAACAGUGUAAUUUAUUUGAUGAAAUUUUAGUGUUUUCGUGUUUUACGCGCCGUAUGCCCAACUUCAACUCGACAGCAGAAGAAUUGAAGAGAGAACUUCCGUGAGACGGCUGACUGUUGGAAGUAAUAACUACUCAUUUAAUUUGGAUUCCAAGAAUACACUAUGGAUCUUGGAACUUUAGAUAGUCUGACAUUCUAUCAAGACUGUAUUGAUUUUGAUAUGAAAAGUGAUUAUGAUAGAGUUUUGUCAAAUAGCAGUUUCAAUUACGAUGACUCUUUAUCUUUAAAUGAUGAUAAUAUGAUGUCUAUAAUGGAUCCUUUAAAUUCUGGUCUUUGGCUUAACUCUAAUUCCAACCAUCAUUUAGACUUUAUUGGUGGAGACAUUGAAUCUGCUAUAAUGGUCAACCCAAACUCAGUUAUUCCAUCUUCUGCUGAAGUAGUUGAAAAAAAGGUUAAAGAAGAACCUAUUGUAGAACCAAGUUUACUUAAGGAUCUUCCGACUACCAUUUUAAUAAAAAAAGAAAAUUUAUCAGAACAACAGGGAAUACCCAUCAAGUCUGAAACAAUUGAAGAACCUCAAGUACUAAAUAAAAAGCCUAUAGAAGUAACUAAGAUUGAGGAGGCAAAACCCAUUCAAAAAGCCAUUCGGCUUUCUGAUUUAUUAAGCCAAACAUCUAGUAAUGGAUUGCAAAAAACAGAAUUGAUGACUGUAAGAGUGACUAUGCCUUCAGCAGUACCUACUGUAAAGACAACUGUAACUUCAAGGACUGUUCCAAUAUCUUUUGUAAACAAUAGUAUUUCUGGGCAUUACAAAAUAGUUAGACCCAAACAACAAAUAAAACCAAUUCAGUCUAGAGCUAAUGGCAUUAAGGGUAAUGAAAAUUUGGGUUUAUAUCCAAGACCAACAUAUUCCUAUUCUUGUUUAAUAGCUAUGGCUCUAAAAAAUUCAAGUACAGGUUCAUUGCCAGUUUCAGAAAUCUAUAAUUUUAUGUGUAAACAUUUUCCAUAUUUUAAGACUGCUAGUAGUGGAUGGAAAAAUUCUGUUCGCCAUAACCUUAGUUUAAACAAGUGUUUUGAAAAAAUUGAAAAACCUAUUGGUAGUACAGGCGCACCUAGGAAAGGUUGUUUAUGGACAAUGAAUCCUAGUAAGAUAGCAAAAAUGGAUGACGAAAUGCAAAAAUGGUCUCGUAAAGAUCCAUCAGCUAUUAAACGUGCUAUGCUCAAUCCAGAACAUUUGGAUGCAUUAGAACGAGGAGAAAUGAAUGAAACCUAUGAUCGGCGAGACAGUUACUAUCUUGAUGAUGAUGAAGAAGAAGAAAUAGUUAGCCAAGAAAUUACUUCUGAAGAAGAAGAAGAAGAAGAAGAAGAAAGGAUAAGUGAUAUGGAAGAGUCUGAUGGAGACUCAAGAAAUGAUAAAGAUGACUCACCUUACCAACUAAUAACUUUUGGUUUAGAUGACUUGGCUAACCUCAAUGAUAUUUGUAAUGAUGUUGAAGAUGAAGAAGAAAUUGAAGAAAACUCUAAUGAUGGAAGCUUUGGUAUUGAAACAUCCGAGUAUAAAACAAAUUUUGAUGAUUUGAUUUCUGUUCAAGAUUUACCAAUGACAUAUGUUGUUCAGCCUCAGAAUAAGACUGUGAUUAGUAAUAAACGUCCUUGUCAACAACCUGUGUUUAAAGGCAGCUAUGUAUUGACCAAAAAUGUUUCAUCUAGCAUACCAAGUCCAAAACGUAAAUUUAUAAGUCGACCUAUAUCUAUAUUAAGAAAUAUUUAAUAUUUAUUCAUAUAAUUUAUAAAUACAUUGUGGGAUCUUAUUACACCACUAAUAUUUACAAUUAGUGAUAUACUAAUUAUUUAACUUCAGCUCAUUAAUGCAAUGGUUGUAUUAUGAUAAAUUAAACAUUUCAAUAACUCAAAUUAAGUUACUCUUGAAAGAAAAAUUUAAACAAAUAGAUUGAAUUUUUAUGUAUGAAAUAAUGAUAUUAAAUAAUUAGAUGCCAUGAUCAUGUCUAUAAAUUAUUAGUUUAAUGUCCACUUAAUAACAUUAAAAAUUAACUUUUUCUAAAAUAAUACCGGAUAGAAAAUGUUAAGAUAACUUAUGAUUUCACACAGUCAAUAUUUUCUUUCUUUUUUUUAUAUUAUUUAAGAUUUUUUCAUUAUUGACUAUUGAUUACUUAAUGUUUUAAUAA